AUGUUACGGUAAGCGGCAUCAACUAUUUUUCCCAAAUUUUUAAGCCCGAUCCAUGCAAAAUUCCAUUCAAUUUUAUACAGAUUUACCUCAUUUUAGACCCUCCCGUCUUUCUUUAUCAAUUUUUGGCUCAGCCCGCCAACUCAGCCGCGCUAGCCCUCUGCAAAAGCCAGGCCGUCAAGUUCUCGUCCCAAAUUAUCCAUUGAAAACGACGAAGGGAAAGACGGUCAGUAUUGAAGUGGCUGAAUACAGUGAUUUGCCGAUGAUGAAGCAAUAUUUGAAGGAAAAUUUCGCUGUCGAAGAACCAGUAAUGGUCGCGAAUAGUGAGUUCCAAAAAGACUUUUAAAGCGUCAAAGGCCUAUUACGAAUAAUUUUAUUGCAGAAACUCGAUGUUUUGCUGAAAUUGGGGGCUUUUUAGGCGAUUUGAAGCAAAGAAUUUAUUUUAUAGCAAUCUGCAGGCAUGACUCAAUGAUCAAUUAUAAAAAUUAUUAAAAAAUUUUAAGGCAAAAACAAGAUCUUUUGGCAAAACUUUGACCAUAAAAACUAUUUUUUUCACAAUCAACAAUUUUAUUUUUCCCCAAUUAUUGUCAUUUUCUCAGAAUGCUCUCCCAAAAGAUUGCUGGAUGAAGUUCUCAGCGACCUCUUAGAGGUCUGUGUCCAUUUCCCAUACACCACAUUGGCCUUCGAUGGAGACCAAAUGAUUGGAUACAACUUGGUUUGGCUCGAAUUAUUCGAUAAAAAUUCAAAUACCCCACCCAAAGAGGGCUACACGGAUUUGGGAGAUUGUGAGUUGAGGUUUUAGAAACGGGAUUUUUUGAUUUUACAAUGACGGAAUUUUUACGAAAAUGAUUUUUCGAGGGGUUUUAAAGUGGGUUUUAUCAAAAAAGUCACCCUUUUUCAAUGCAAGCUGCUGAGUUUUGGCCAUUUUUACAAGAAUUAUCGAUUUUUUUAGUGUCCAAACAAUAUGCAAAAAAUAUUAGACUCUCUGAGCAACCGGAGAUCCGAACGGUGACUACAAUCAACUACGCGGCCAGUUUGUGUCCUCAUUUUCUUCCGCCGGCCGAGAGACAUGUUGUGGCGCAUGGAGAAAUGGGAUCUGUCAAUAAAAAGUACAAUGGGCAAGUUUCCUUGCUUUUUGGGACAUAAGGGAAUAAUUUGUAGUUUAUCCAAAAGCCCUAAGGCGAUCUAAACUUUAAUUUUUUAAAAAUACCCUUGCCUCGAACUAUCUAUAAUAAAAUUCCCGAGUUCAGAAAUCACCUGGUCACCGCUUUGAUCGUCGAAGGAGCCAAAGAGAUCCUCAAAGACAAUCUAGUCCAGUAUUAUUAUGCCACUGCCACAGCCGCCGCUACGGUUCAUAUGAAUCCAUUGUUGGGCCUUCAUGAAGUCUGGAGCAUGAAGUACAAGGACUACAAGUUUGAUGGCCAACAGAUCUAUGGCGAUGGGGUCUUGCAUGAUGGAAAUGAUCGGAUCACUCUGAAUAUCGGGAAAAUCGAAGAUGUCGUUAAUUCAGAGUAUUAUGCCAAGCUUUCUGAGGGCAAAUAA